AUGAUUGUUCGAUUGCCCGGUGGCAAGAGCGCUGCACUACUUGUAAUCAUUUUAAUAAAUUCGCUACCAAGUAUUGUCGUAGCUGAUUGCCCAUUAUUACGUAGUUUUAUCAAUGAUACUGGCAUUCUUUCCGUGAAUAAACUGACAUUAACACAGUCAGAACCAUCGAUUCAUUGCCAAUGGUUGAUAGUUGGUUCAUCACAUCAGCGCAUUGUUGUCGAAUUCGAUUAUAUACUGAUUCCUAUGCCAAUCGAAGAAUAUUUAACAGCAGGUUGUCAACGUGCUUCGAUUAACUUAUGGACACCCGGAUUAGAACGCGAAAAAGUUCAGUUAUGCGGUGAUCGACGUCGUGUUAAAAUAGGUGGAGUAGGACAAACAUUGAUGGUGGAAUUACGUCUUAAUGAUAAAAAACUUAAUGUUAGCUUUGAAAUGCAUUAUCAACUUAUACAAAUAGAACAAGCAUUAAGUACACCUUCUCAUCUGAUUAGCUCGUCGACAUUAUCAACAGAGAAUCACGCCGAAUGUGGGUUGACUUCGAUAAAAGGUUCUGCGGCUCUUCGUCGAGUUUCCGGUCGUAUCAUUGGCGGUCACCAAGCGAUACCACAUAGUCAUCCGUGGCAAGUUCUUCUGAAUAUCUAUGGCAAAUUUUGUGGAGCUGCUAUUUUGAGUACAAACUGGAUCGUGACAGCAGCACACUGCGUCAAUGGCACAAAUCCAGGGAAUGUCUCCGCAGAAUUCGGUAUUCAUGAUCGAUAUAAUAUCGAGAAAUCCCGGGUCUCAAGAAACAUCAAAAGAAUUGUUGUUUAUCCUUCGUACUAUGGCAAAUCGACUCGUUGGAUGCAUGAUAUUGCUCUACUUGAAUUAUCCGAACCACUUGUGUUCAAUUCGUUCAUUCGUGCAAUCUGUAUCUCAUCACUUCGUGACAUUGUUCGUGUUGGUGAUCGAACAUUAGUAACGGGUUGGGGAGAAACCCAGGGCACCGGGAAUUUUCGAUAUCUACGUGAAGUUCAAGUGCCCAUUCAAUCGAACGAUCAAUGUGGCCUGGAAGAUGUUCUUCGAACUACAACUUUCUGUGCAGGGUUAUGUACGAAUUCCACGUGUGAUGCAUGUCAAGGUGAUUCGGGCGGACCUAUGAUUAUUUUGCAUAAGGAUCGUUGGCAUCUGGUUGGAUUGAUAUCAUGGGGAUUCAGCUGUGCUGGUCUCGGUGUGUACACAAAAAUAUCUUAUUAUACCGAUUGGAUUACAAAGAUUGUCUAUGCUUCAAAGAUUUAA